AUGUCUGCCGAGCCCACUGACUCAAAACCAGAGACCCCUGUGGAAGACACUCCAAUGACGGGCACAGAAGAUGCUGGUUUGGAGCAGACAACCGAACCUAAAGAUGGUGAGAAACCAGCUGAGACCGAGCCUGAACCUGUCGAUCUUGAAAAAGUUAGAGCAGCUUUCCAGGAAACGGCUAAGAACUACCUUAUUGAACAGUCAAGACACGUGGUGAUCCCCUCCUUCUCCAAAUGGUUUGACAUGAACACAACCCACCUGAUCGAAAUGAAACUGUUCCCAGACUUUUUCCCUGCCAAAACUGAGGAAACCCCAUCCACCUACAAAUCCCCAGAGGUUUACAAGAACAUGAGAGAUUUCAUGAUCAACUCCUACAGAAUCAAUCCAAUCGAAUACUUGACGGUGACAGCCGUUCGUCGUAACUUGGCUGGUGACGUUGCCAGUAUAAUUCGCAUACACCGCUUCUUAGAAAAAUGGGGCUUGAUCAACUACCAAAUAGACCCUAGGACAAAGCCUACACUUGUGGGCCCCCAAUUCACUGGCCACUUCCAGGUCACUUUGGACACCCCACAGGGUUUGGCUCCAUUUGUGCCUGAAAGUGUCAAGCUCAAGGAUGCUUCGGAAACACCAGCCGCCGAAAUCGAAGGAAACGGCAAACCACAAGAGGUCAAAUCCGAAAAGACCGUCAAGUUAGAGGAGAAGGCUGACGGUUCGAUCCCACUCAAUUUGGAGGUCACCAGAAACAUCUUUGAGGAGUCCACGAAUCAGAAGGCUCCUAACUCUGUGCUGUACUUUUGCAAUGAGACGUCUAACGAUGUCAGCAAAGUCAGAUAUCACAAUCUUAAGAGUAAGGCUCUGACGAGUGGAACGUUAGGUCCCCUGGUUAUCAGUAAGGAAGUUUUUGAGCAAGGCUUAUUUCCCUCCAACUUCACUUCUUCUGAUUUUGUCAAGCUAGAGCAAAGUUUCAAGCAGAAGGAAUGGACUGAGCAAGAAGUGCUUCUUCUUUUAGAGGGCAUUGAGAUGUACGCUACCACAGAUUUAAAUAACCAGACCCUUUUUCUCAACAACAACGGCCAGUGGGACAAGAUCGGUGAACACGUCGGAUCAAAGUCUCGUGAUGAGUGCCUAAUCAAGUUCUUGCAGCUUCCUAUUGAAGAGAGAUACCUCAAUAACUUGAUUAAGCCUGACGCUGAGAAGAAGAAGCAACCAGACAGCCUCGACAAGGAAUCUAUCAUCCAAGAUGUUGUGAGAAAGUUGGUGGAAUCUAGAGAAGGUAAGGCCACUUUGCAAGAAAAUGCUAAGAAGAACUUGGAACAAACUGUUCUUGAUCAGACCAACUUGGUGAACCAGGUCAUUGAGCUUACUUUGGAGAAGUUCGACGCUAAGGUUAAAUUAAUCAACCAUUUGGAGGCCGAUCUCAUAAAGACGGAAAACUUGCUCAAUUUGCAAAGAAAGCAAGCACUCAUCGAGAGGUGGUUGAACUUUGAGAAGGUCAGCAAAUUUAAGAAGGAGAACAACAACCCUGAGUUGGAACCAUUGUUGAAUGAGUUGUUAACCCCAAUAAACAUCAACGAGAUCAACAAAAACUUCAACAAAAUCAACUUAGAUAACUCCGAGCAGUCAAAGACGGAUUCAGACAAGGAGAAAGUGGAGGAAUCAUUGCCUAUUAGCGUUGUUAAGCCUAAGGCCUAUCAAUUCUGGUCCGCAUAA